CCCUACCGUGCGUGCGCCUCGUGCUACAACACGAGCUACAUUACUGCGUCGAAUCGCGGUGAACAUCCCCAUUGGAGAGGUCUUGGUAAUCAUGAUCGAUUGUGCCGAGCUGUGAGGGAGGUCAUGGUAUACAUUUUUAUUGGAGUUCUUUCCUCUCAUAUUGUAGUGUGUAUGCUGGCAGAACUGGUGCAGUGGCGAUAGCGAGCCCCGGAGUACUACCUACCUGCCUUAUUUGAAUUGGGACCAUUACUGCCUUCCCUACUAGACCUACCUACCUACCUUAUUACCUUGCAAGCAUAUCACCCCAAUGGCCGACUAUUUCAGCGAGUAUUCUUCCUUUAUUGGAGCCAAAGGGCUCCCGUCGCCGGCCGACACACCCUACGAGACUCCUGGAUUUAUACGAUCGAAACGGUCUUCGCACGCAACUGCAGGCUCGUCACGAGAGCAGUCCUCCUCGCCUCCGCCGCUUCCUUUGGAUGCCGUGGAAGCGCAAGACAAGGCACGAGAUGGGCGAUACUCGGGCAUGGACCGCAUGGACCCGCGUCGCUUCACGCCAACACUGCAUGCUUCCUUGGUGUCGGAAAUUCUCAAUCUGCGGAGAGAGCUUGACUCCAAGAACACUCUGGUGGAGGAUCUCGAGUCGACCGUAUCAGCAACAAAUGGCGAAAAUGACAUUCUUCGGAGACAAUUGGCGGAGAGUACGCGUGACGUACGGAAAGCGAAGCAGCAGGUGCAACAGAUGGAACAAGGCACGUAUGACGCCGUUGAAGAUCUCGUGAGAGAGCGUGAUACUGCGAGGGCUCUCCUCGACGAUGCGCGAAGCAAACUGGAAAGCACGCAGAAGAAGACGCGGCAGCAGGACGAAGAUGCACAGCGAACGCAAAACAUCUGGGAGACCGACAAGGAAGCAUGGGACAGCGAGCGCAGGCAGCUCGAACGGCGGAUACAUGUGACCGAGACGCGAUUGCGUGCCGUUGUCGACGAGAUGACCAUGCAGCAGUCCUCAGCGCCCAUGUUCAGCCUGCCCGAUGACAGCACGUUCAAGGACAGCGGCAUUGGGAACGAGAGCGAUUCCGCGAGCAUCUAUUCUGCCACUCCGUCGGUGAGUCCGACGAAGCACAGGCGUAAUAUGAGCAGCUCCAGCUACAAUGCUCGCCGAACUCGUGCAUCGGUCUCCUCUAGAACCACUGCAGCCACUCCCGAUGUGUACUCCCGCCCAGGAAACACGUUGGCUGAUGAACUGGACAUUGACGAACUGGAUGAGUACGACAACGAGGGCUCUGUUAACGGCGAAGACACCGACGAUCACUCGUCGCAUUUCAAGCAUGCAAGCAUCGUCAGACAAAAUUCCGUAAUGGGAGAGCUUGAUGCGAAGUCGAGGCGUAUACUGAGCCUGACCACUGACUCGUCAGAGACGCCAGCCGCAAAAGAUCUGCCAAAGCUGCUAGCCGAUUUGCAGGACCUGCAGGAACCCACCAAGAGGAUGUACAGGGACCGCGCAACCACGCCACCGCCCACCGCCUUUGGUAUGCCAGAGCCCGCCUUGCGUGCAACUUAUGUCGAUUCUGGUUACCAGCCUUCUCCUCCAGUCUCGCCACCACGCGUUCAUGUCACACAAGCUGUAGAUGACACUGCAGCCACUGGUAACACGACUUCCGGGGACGAAAUGCGACAACAAUCUCCUGCGGCGAUAAACAUCAGUGCAACUCUGCAGCAGCCACCACAGGCACCCCAGACCAAGCCGAUUAGCCCUCCCCAAACCCCAGUAGUCGACGAUGUUACCUGGGUGCAUCACAAAGCCCAGCUCACGGUCGUACUGGAGUAUAGCACAGCGUCGACGCAAACCGAGUUGGUGGAACCUGAACGUCCGAAGGUUGGUGACACAAAGAAGCGUGAUAGUCUAUCGCCACCUUUGUUUGUGCCGUCCAUCACGAUCCAUCCACCGAACAAUCGACCAUCAUCACCAGUGCCUUACGCUCUGCCUCCGGGCACCAAGAAUGCCUUUUCUCAGGCAAGUCUGGCAUGGCCGAGCCAGGAUGCCAGCAUGCAAACAGAGGAGAUCCGGGUCGAUAAGCGUGCUGUGAAACUGCCAGCCCACCUGUUGCCUUCAGCUUUGCUGCCGAGUCCGACAUUCCAAGAGGCUACACGGCCGUUAUCGCAGUCCAAACGCAUUAGUGCAUCCAGUGUUCUGACCAAACGCGCAUCCGUCACGAGGCCUCCUGCUAUCUCGAUCCCAGUAUCGCCACCUUUGCAGUCUCCUGUUGACUCGAGCCCGGAAAUGUCCAGGAACGGAGGAGCUCGGGAUCUUCGUCACUAUCCUCUCAAAGCCUUACCUCUCCCACGACCUGUCCUUUCACCACCACUGCCUCCGAAUGAAACAUUCACUAGUAAUGGCCCUCUUAAUCGCGCUUCUCAGUAUGGCGUGAGCCAGCCGAGAGUGGACUACAUGGGCGGAUAUGAGCCCGAAUCAUCAGAAAGCGACUACGACGAUCCUGUGCAGAAUAAUGAGCCCAUGACCGACUUGAUUGGUAUGAUGCCUGCCCCAAGUCGACCGCCGUUGGGGCGAUUCGGCCUUUCGGAUCCUCCCAAAGCUGUACCAGAAGACAAGGAGAUUUCGCCGGAACGUCGUCCUGGCACAGCUGAUUCAUAUGGUGCUGCGCCUGCACCCUCUAUAUCCAGCAGUCGCGCCACUUCCCGACGCAGGCCCACCACGCAGCAGCCUUCUACCAGGUCUGGAAAAUCGCCCAUCAGUCCGAGCUUCCGCAGUAGCUUGGCCUCCAGCGGCCAUAGUACUCACCAGAAUGAGCCGAUGCCCCCGUUCCCUAUCCCAUUCAGAUCCAGUUCACGACCAAAGCCACACAGCGAAGGUUCCCAAAGUCCGACUACCCACGAUAGCUUUGGGCCACGUGCAGGCCGCGCUGGCAGAUCAGCACAUGCACGACAAGUCAGCCUUCGGAAGGUGCAGUCUGCUGCUGUUAUCAGAAACAGGGGUGCAAGAGGCUCACCCACCAAGGGCCAUCGUUCACCCACCAAAGGCCAUCGCAGACGUAGACAAUCGCCACAACUCACUCCUGUGCAGUCCAUGGCUGUCGAGAGCCCGGAGCCCACCAAGUUCCCGAUUCCAGAGCUGCCAUCGCCCGUGCGAAACAGCCUGUCAUUCAACUACGUCAAGGGGUCAGUCGAUCUACGAAGCACCACUGGCUCGUCCACCCGUGUAUCAGAGGAGAGGAGUCUUGUGGAUGCCAUCGCAGGAACCAUGGUGGGUGAAUGGAUGUGGAAGUACAUCAGAAAACGGAAGUCUUUUGGCAUCGGCGACGACUCUUCGGAGCGGCCAGUCACGGCCGAGAACGGGACCGUGAACGUGACGGCACAUGGCACGCGCCACAAGCGCUGGGUCUGGCUGUCCCCAUACGAACGUACCAUUAUGUGGGACACUAAGCAACCCACUUCCGGCCCCGCACUCCUGGGGAAGAAGGGGCGAAAGCUGGCCAUUCAAUCCGUGCUGGACGUUCAAGACCCGACGCCACUGUCUAGAAACCCUGAGUUGGCCACAGCGUGGGGGCGGUCCAUCCUGAUCUUGACGCCCGAACGUGCUCUGAAGUUCACUGCUACCACAGAAGAACGACAUAGCCUGUGGAUGACUGCCCUGACGUUCCUGGCACGCGAAGCACAAUUGCCCAACAUGAUUCCACAAAUGCCAUCCCACCGACCGCCGCCCAUUCCUCCAAUGCCUCCCGCAUAUUUGGACGGAGUGCCUAUCAAGCGACAGCGCUCACCAUCCUUUUCCAGGACGAAUGUUCGAGAUUCGAUUCGCCUCACCAAGGUGAAGCGAGCGGAACUUCACCGAGGGUCAUCCCAUCCCGAUCAGCCUUUCUCCACGGCAGACUUGCACGACGGCGCUGUUGCUGGUGCCGAGGCCGAAAGCGCCGACUUUCCCGCGGUACCGCGUCUCUACAUCUGCACAUCACGUCACCAGAGGAAUCGCAGCAACACGAAUCCCGGAUUCAGGAGUUUCUCUUCGACUGGCAUCCCGUCUUCGGCGUCGUCUGUGAUGCACUCCAAGUCAAACAACGCCUCAUCCUUCCGACCGAGCAUCUCGACCAAGAGUGGCAGCCGCCGCGAGUCCCUCGCCAGCCCGACACACCAAAACUUCUUCGAAGCGGUGGGAACGGUGCGCAUGGAAGCGUUUGUCGACCCAAACGUCCGAGACGGGGUGCUUUAUGUGCCCGCGCCGCCACCCGUCAUCGGAGGCGCACGCCGGCCCCGAAGAAGCAGUAAUCUGUCUCAGUCCACGUUCGACAAGCGGAGAGCUGGCUAUGUAUUUGACGACGACGGCAUGGAUCCCUUUGGCGGAUUCUAGAAUGGUCCGUCCUGUAUAACGAUUGAUACCCAACUCCUGAUGAAGCAGGCCGUCUUGGCUAGUUCACCAAGGCAAGCUGGUCUCAUAGCUGCGCUCCUUCCUCUUGUAUAUAAAACUCCGUUCACGAAGAUAAUGAUAUGUAUAGUCUCAUGGCAGCCUGUUGGCA